UACUUACAAGAAUUAAAGUAACGUUUCUUGAAUCAUUUCAGCCACAAAAUGAGCAUAUUGAAUUACACCGUAAACGCUAUGGAUAUCGUUUGGAUUACCAUGAGAAAAAGAGAAAGAAAGAAAGUCGGGAGGCCCAUGAACGUUCAAAGAAGGCAAAGAAAAUGAUUGGCCUGAAGGCUAAGCUCUACCAUAAGCAGCGCCAUGCUGAGAAAAUACAAAUGAAAAAGACUAUUAAGAUGCACGAAAAGAGAAACACCAAGCAAAAGAAUGAUGAAAAGACUCCACAAGGAGCAGUACCUGCCUACCUGCUGGACAGAGAGGGGCAAUCUAGAGCAAAAGUGCUUUCCAACAUGAUUAAGCAGAAACGAAAAGAGAAGGCGGUAAGCGAUGAAAAAAUUAAUCUUGUCUUGCUUGACAGAAAUAUUUAUAUUAAAAUUUGAGGUUCUAGGUUUAUCUCCAGUUUAAUUUGGAACAUUAAGUGCAACUCUAGUUCCGUUUUUAUAUCAAAGUCCUAAAAUGUUUCAUAAAUUUAUUUUGAUGAUUUAAGAUUUGAUUAUUUUUAUUUUACAUGUAUGUUUGCCCAUGUGUGUGCAUUUCUGACACUGCAUGAUGCCGACAAAGGCCAGAACUGGAAUUACUGUUGUGAGCUGCUAUGUGGGUGCUGAGAACUGAAUCCAGGUACUCUGAAAAGCGGCAUUUGAAGGGCUCCUGGCUGCUAAGCCAGCUCUCAAGCCACAAUUUUAUAAAUUUAGUUUGAUAGAAACUUCUGUCUUAUCACCAAGAUUGAAAUAUCCCCGUUGAAAACAUUUCGAAUUUAAGUUUUAACAAAAUGUAUCACUGGGAGCUGUGGAGUAGCUCAUUUGAUAAAAGUUUGCC